AUGUCGUCCGCCGAAACUGGACUCCCUGAAGGAUGGGAGGUGCGCCGCUCCAACACGAAGAACCUCCCAUACUACUUUCACGCCCAGACAAAAGACUCGCGAUGGGAACCACCACAGGGAACAGACCCGGACAAGCUGAAGGCGUACAUGGCUGCCAACCACAGCUCCAAGGGCGUUGCGCCAGCAGCGUCGGCGGGGACUGAGGGCAAGAUCCGAUGCGCCCAUCUUCUUGUCAAGCACCGUGACAGCAGGCGUCCGGCCAGUUGGCGGGAACCCAAGAUUACGCGCUCAGUGGAAGAUGCGCGCAAGAUGAUUGAGAGCUACCACGAACAGAUCAAGGCAUACGAGGAGGGAAAGGAAGACCCCAACGCCAAAUCUCUGUCUGAGCUCGCGACGACCGAGUCGGAUUGCAGCAGCGCUCGCAAGGGGGGCGAUCUGGGCUUCUUUGGCAAGGGCGACAUGCAGAAGGAGUUUGAGCAGGCUGCCUUUGCCCUCGACAAGGGCCAGGUGAGCGGCAUGGUCGAGACGGCGUCGGGCGUUCACUUGAUUCAAAGGUGGGACGACUCUCACAUGUCUAGGCGCCGGCCUCUAAGUACAUAUAGCAUUCUGCGAGCCGUUUUCGCACACGUCUCUCCUCACACUCGAACGGUUUCAGUGUGUGUGGCUGGUUUCGGCAUCCCAAGAGCCUGCGCCUCGCUCCCAAGCCAGCCCAGUUCCGGAUCAGCCCGAGACAGCAAGGAAGCGACGGUCCAGUGA